AUGGAAGUUCUUCGGAAUCCCCCCUCAGCCAACUCCUUCACACCCGUCGCCGAACAUCAAUCACGUACCCCUCAGUCCUUCUAUGGUGGUCCCCCAGUACUGCAUUACCAUAGCUCAAGAUGUAAAGUUGUCAUCCUAGAGAGUGAUCUUAGCGCCUCACCAGCUUUGAAUACUCUGCGCGGUGGAGCCGUUGUCGCCAAUGGAUCGUCGGGAGCUUCCCGCGAGUCGCAAGAAGGAAAAGAAAUAGUAAUUGACGGAGUUGAUGUUUUCGUUACAUCUGAUAAAUUCCUUCUCUACCGACCCGAAGCAAAUUCCGGCAUCGCCUUACCCUACCCAGUCAUCUCGCUCCAUGCAAUCCAACGACUUCGUUUGCCGGACGCGUCUGAAGAUGAACAGGAAGUGCAAGGACUCUACAUGCAAAUUGCCAAUCCCACACCUGCCGACGGUACUGGUGCCGAGGAAGACGAAGAGGAAGACAGCAUCACAUUGACCAUCGUCCCUCCAUCCGUAACGGAGUCCGCCACCUCAGCGCCCGGCUCCUAUUCAGCGGGUACCGAGACGACCAGACUUGUAGCAGACGAAAUGGCAGUCGAGCAAGGAAAUACAGAAUCAAAACCGGAAGAAACCGCAACACAGGCUCUUUACGCAGCCGUCUCUGCCUGCUCAAACUUACACCCCGACCCUGUCGUACCCGGCGAAGAAGAAGAUGAUGACUACGAUGGCAACUACGAAGAUUCCACUGAGCAGCCGGGAGUAGGUGGGAUAUUACAAGCUGCUGGGUUGGUCAUACCGGGUGCUUCUGAUGGCGGGCUCCCUCCUCCGGUCGAUGGUAGUUCGGGUUGGAUUACUGCCGAAAAUAUGCAUGAGUAUUUUGAUGAAGAGGGUAAUUGGAUUGCUGAUGCGGAACCUCCUACUUUACCAGGCUUGGGUCCGGGAGCUGGUCAUGUCCGUAGUCGGAAUGAUGAGGAUCAGGUCGAAAAUGGCGCCGGAGAAGGGAAUGGGGACGAGGAGACGAAAUGGCGGAGGACCGAUUGA